AUACACAUUUCUAUAUGCAACUUUGGAGAGCGGCCUCAUCACUGGACAUCGGGCAAACUGCUCUAGAAGAGAUCAUGUGCCCCAAAUUCAGCAACCAUGCCCACCAACUCAACAUCUGCGAUCCGCUUCGCUGCGCAAGGCGUCCUGGGCGGGUAUGACGGUGACAGCCUCGCCUUGAAGGUCAUCAUCGGCCUCAUGACGGGGCUGACAAUGUACAACGCGCUGGAACUCGUCGUCCUUGUCCUCAUGACCUUUCGUCGAUACCGCGGAUUGUACUUCUGGAGUUUACUUAUCUCCAGCCUGGGCCUCAUACCAUAUGCGUUGGGAUUCUGUUUAAAGUUCUUCACGGUUUUGAAAGGUGAUGCUCGAUGGGUCUCAGUCGUGCUGUUAAGUGUGGGCUGGUAUCCUAUGGUCACGGGGCAGAGUAUUGUGUUGUGGUCCAGGCUGCAUUUAAUUGUUAGUGGUGAAAGGGGAAGGAAGAUUCUGAAGUAUACGAAGUGGAUGAUUAUCGUUGAUGCGAUUAUUUUGCAUAUUCCGACGAGUGUGGUCACGUUUGGAUCAAAUGGUACGCGAGAUACGGCGACCUUUGUCGAGGCCUAUAACAUUAUUGAGAAAACUCAGAUGACAGGAUUCUUUAUCCAAGAAGUCAUUUUGUCAUCGAUCUACAUUGUUGAAACUAUUCGCAUACUUCGAGUAUCACUCCAAGACCAGACACGCCGCCUCAUGCAACAGCUGGUUUUCAUCAAUAUUGUCAUCAUUCUCAUGGAUGCCGCACUUCUCGGCAUCGAGUACGCCUCACUCUAUUUGCUCGAGACUGUAACAAAGGGUGUCUGCUAUUCAAUUAAGUUGAAGCUGGAGUUUGCUAUUCUCAGCCGACUGGUGAAAUUUGUUGGUGGAGCAGAUCGCUCUACAGGGUUUAUCAAUUCCGAGAGCUCUCGAAGCAAGCGCAAGGAUGAGGUAGAGGAUAUCACGGAAUUUGUCGAUACGACAAGGACAAUGACGGAUGUAACACACGCUUCUCAGCAGUCUAAGAAAAGCCCUUCCAGAGCAGGUAUGGAUGAUGCUGAUAUCGAAUGCGCUCGAUUUGCACAUGUUGAGAGAGCUGUUCUGAAAAAAUGGGGGAACGGGGAAGGCGACAAUAACGACGAUUUCGAGAUCAGUGAAAGGCGUUCGUGUUGAGCCAAUGUUCAGCUGCAGCACAGGAGCUGUAGUAUACCAAGAAAGCAAGAAAAAAUCUUGCUUCAUUGUUUACCAUGAUUUCCCUUGCCACCUGGCUAAGUCAAUUAAAGGUUGGCCAACCCAUCCUCAAGAUGGACAACUUCCGAAUUUGCUUAAUUCGGUUUCGAGAUCAUUUGAUGUCAAGUUUUGAAUUUCAAUUGCGC